AAGCACAAGCCAUGAAUAGCCAGUCAGCUCUUUCAGCUGCCUCCUUCAGGAAAAUGGGUCAACUUCCUGACCCUUCUGCCCUUCUUGAUUCCCUUAAUCCAGACAAGAGGACCUCAGGAGUAAACAUAGCCAUUUAGAAUAGCCAAACAGUGCAUGGAAACUUUUCUCCCAUGGCUCUGCCUAGUUCUUGAAAUUACUUCCCUACCCAAGAGAUUUCUUGUUUACAGAUAAGCAAAUAACUUGUCUGUACCUUGCCUCAGCCUGGGGGAGAAGCCAGUCCUAGUUUCAGUGGAAGAUCCAACCUUUUCGGCUUUGAAAUCGGAAGGUUGUGGGGGAGGGGGGCCAAAGGGGGAACCAAUAUCAACUUCCCCAGGAAGAGAAUAUAAAUGGUAAGUUUCAGCUGUAAGACAAAAGGGAAGGUGCCCAAAUCCUUAGGGACAAGUGGCACAACACAUAAUGCCUCUUUAAUUUCAUUUCCACUGAUAAAAUGACACUGAGCCAUUUGUCAAAGCCAAGAACUCUGGUGACAAGGACUUUCUUUCCAUGGUUGUCAGCAACUGCUGGGCUCUAUCUCCACCAAGGCUGGCUCUCAAUGCUAUUCCUGAGUUUCCUGGAUUUGUGCGUGGGGUCAGAGUGGACCUCACUAACUCUACAACUUGCUUGAGCCUCUACUCUGCACUGGAUAUCCCAAUGACGCUGACAUACGUUACUAUUUUCUAUUCAAAGAGAUCUGGGGCCUAAUUGACUCAGUUUCCCUCUAGUGGUUCACAUCACAAGCCUUUCCAUCUAGUGGGCCUUCACUGGAGGCUUCCUCCAAUUCCCCUCGGGCUAUCUGCUGGCCUUCCCAAUCCUUCCGCCUUAAGCAGCAUAUUUAAGUCCCUUUAGGAAUUCCUUAAGGGUCACAUGGUGCGGCCUCUUCGUCUCCAUUUUCAAUUCUUCCGCAGCCGCUUCCAUUUCUCCAGAGACCAGGCCGGGGAUCCUCCUCGACUUCGGGGCCCGAAGUUGUCCAUCCUCGCCGGCCUCACUGGCUGGCCUGGGGUCUCUUCGUCCUUGUGCAGACCAUCGAGCCCAGGUUGGGCCCCACUUCGGCUCCAUUUUCCCCCAGGCAUCUCCUCCGGUGGCAGAGUUAGGGCUAAAUCCGCUUGGGUCCGGCCUCCCCAAGGGACUCCCUGCUCUUCUCCUCGGAGGUAUUCCGCUUCCUGGGGACCUUCGAACUACGAUUCCCAGGGGGCUUUGCUCUCCCGGAAGCGCGUUGUCAUGGGAACGCGGAAGCGUACUCUGACGUCCACUCUUCGGCUCUCGGGGCGGGGACAUCCUCCUGCUCUCCCAGAGGCCUCGGUGUGUUCGGGGAUCAGCGCGGGGUCGGCGCGUGAGGGCAUCCUUCGGGCUUUAGCUCCUAACGGCCGCAGGGAUUCCUGACUCCCGGCGUGCCCCGUCCUCUUUCCCUAGGUGCCCCGAGAGGGUUGGGGUGGGGACCUAGGGGCCCUCCCUCCGGAACCCCUGAACUCCCUCCGAGGUUGCCAUCUCCCCCUCCCUCCUCCUCAUUUCCUCCUUUCUCCUCCUCCCCACCCUCUUCUACUCCGUCCUCUCGUCCCCAUAAUCCUCUCCUCUCCCUCUUCCCGCCUCCUCUCCUUCCCUCCGCUCCAGGCUGUUUCUUUUUCCUCUUUGAGGCCUUCCCGGCCCACCCCAGCCAGGCCGGGGGAGUCCCCUCCUGGGCACGGAAUGGGCCAAAGCCCAGGCCUGCCCCCGUCGGGCCGCUUUGAGUGAACGGGCAGGAGCCGGGGCGGGCCAGAGGCCGGUGAGGCAGGCCAUCCUUUGCCCCCCUCUUUCCUCCCCAGGUCUGCCCGCCCUGCCCUAAGGGCCAGGAAUGGCCCCGAGAGCCAGGACCCCCCAGGGCUCGCUGACGUUCAGGGAUGUGGCCGUGGACUUCACCUGGGAGCAGUGGGGGCAGCUGCAGCCUUCUCAGAAGGAGCUCUACAGGGAGGUGAUGCUGGAGAACUACGGCAACGUGGUGGGCCUGGGACUUGCCGUUUCCGAGCCGGAGGUGGUCCGUCAGCUGGAACGAGGGGAAGCGCUUUGGGUGUCGGCGGCGGAAGCCCCAGCCGGCUGCUGUGCAGAUUGGGAGGCUAGGCCUGAAGUCAAGAUGUCAGCUCCAAAUCAGGGAAUUUCUAUGGAAUCAUCAACCCAGAAAAGCUCAGUAAGGAAUGAUUUCUGUAUCUCCCACUUGAGAAAAGCCUGGGAGCAUGACGCUAUGUUAGAGAUGCAUAAGAAUAAUGAAGAGACAUAUUCUGGAAAUGGCCAAAUUACCAAAAGAAAAACCCAGAAUAAGCUGAGAGGCCGUGAAUGUAGUAAGUAUGUUAGACAUCUCCGUGUGGGGCCAGUCCUUUUUUCACCACAGAAAGGGUCUGUGGGAGAGAGUCCAUGUACGUAUAAUGGACAGAAAAAGAACUUCACUCCAUGUCCAGACUUGAAUAAAUGUAAUAGAAUUUAUUCAAAGAAAAUACUUCUGAAAUGUAAUGAGAAUGAGAAAUCUUUGAACUCCAAAUUAGAAUUUAUUGGAUAUGAUGGGCUGUGUCCUGGAGAGAAGCUGUGUACAUGCAGAGAGAAUGGGAAAGAGUUCAUCUUCAAACCUGGACCACCCAUUGGUUCCUGUCCAAUAAUAGAUACCAGAAAGAAACCUUGUAAAUUCAGUGAGCAUGAGAAUGCUUUUUCCCAGAAUCCACAGCUUAUCGCGUAUCAAGUUGAACACAGUGAACGUGCAGAGUCUCCCAACGAUAGUUCAUCUGUUCCUGCCUAUGAGAGCAUUCCCACUGAGGGGAAAGCAUGCCAGUGUAAUGAGUGUGGGAAGAUCUUCCAUCAAAAUCUACAGCUUAUUCGACACAAAACAGUUCAUACUAGAGAGAAACCUUAUAAAUGUCACAACUGUGGAAGGGCCUUCUGCCGGAUCACAGAACUAAAUUACCACCAGAGAGUCCAUACCAGAGAGAAACCUUAUGAGUAUAAUGAAUUUGAAAAGGCCAUUGACCUCCAAUCACAAUUUUCACAACAUCAAAGAUUGAAUACAGGAGAGAAACCGUAUGAAUGUGGCAUAUGUGGCAAGACCUUUCUUGUGUUUGGAAAGCUUACCCGACAUCAGAAAAUUCAUUCUGGAGAGAAACCUUUUAAAUGUAGUGAAUGUGGGAAGGCCUUCCGCCUGAGGGCAGAAGUUACUCGGCAUCAGAUAAUUCAUACUGGUGAGAAACCUUAUGAAUGUAAUGUAUGUGGGAAGGCCUUUCGCCAGAGUGUGCACCUCAUUGGGCAUCAGAUGAUCCACACUGGAGAGAAACCGUAUGAAUGUAAUGUAUGUGGGAAGGCCUUUCGCCAGAGCGUGCACCUUAUUGGACACCAGAUGAUCCAUACUGGAGAGAAACCUUAUGAAUGCCAUGAAUGUGGGAAGGGCUUCCGCCUGAGUGUACACCUUAUUGGACACCAGAUGAUACAUACUGGAGAGAAACCUUAUGAAUGUAACGUGUGUGGGAAGGCUUUUCGCCAGAGCGUACACCUCAUUGGGCAUCAGAUGAUCCAUACUGGAGAAAAACCUUAUGAAUGCCAUGAAUGUGGAAAAACCUUCCGCCUGAGGGCAGAAGUCACUCGCCAUCAGACAAUUCAUACUGGAGUGAAACCUUAUGAAUGUAAUGAAUGUGGAAAGGCCUUUCGACUCAGAGCAGAGCUUACUCGCCAUCAGGCAAUUCACACUGGAGAAAAACCUUAUGAAUGUAAUGAAUGUGGGAAAACCUUCCUCCUGAGCUCCCAAUUUAUUCAGCAUCAGAGAAUUCACACUGGGGAGAAACCUUAUGAAUGUAAUGAUUGUGGGAAGGCCUUCCGUCUGAGUGCCCAGCUUGCCCGGCAUCAGAGAAUUCAUACAGGAGAAAAACCAUAUAAAUGUAAUGAAUGUGGGAAAGCCUUCCAUGUGAGUGGAAAGCUGACCCAACAUCAGAGAAUUCAUACAGGAGAGAAACCUUAUGAAUGUCAAGAAUGUGGAAAAGUCUUCCGCCUCAGUGCACAUCUUAUUCGACAUCAGACGAUUCAUACUGGAGAGAAACCUUAUGAAUGUAAAGACUGUGGGAAGGCCUUCUACCAUGGCACAGAGCUUACUCUGCAUCAAAGAAUCCAUACUGGGGAAAAACCAUUUAAAUGUGAUGAAUGUGGGAAGGCCUUUCGACAAAGUGUACACCUUGCUGGACACCAGAUGAUUCAUACUGGUGAGAAGCCUUAUGAGUGUAAUGAAUGUGGGAAGGCCUUCCGCCUGAGGGCAGAAGUUACCAGACAUCAGACAGUUCAUACAGGAGAGAAGCCUUAUAGAUGCAGUGAGUGUGGGAAGUACUUCCGUUUGAGGGCAGGACUUACUCGACACCAGAUGAUUCAUACUGGAGAGAGACCUUAUAAAUGUAGUGAAUGUGGGAAGUCCUUCCGCCUGAGCUCCCAGUUGACUCAACAUCAAAAGAUUCAUAGUGGAGGUGAACCUUAUUAAGGCAAUAAAUGUAAACAGUCCUUCAAGGCAGAGAUUAUACCUUAGAUAACUCCAGAGGAUGCAUUACAGAGUUAUUAGAUAUGCUGUCAGAAAAAUCACACAGGAAAGAUAAACAUUAUUAAUAUAAUAAAUGUACAGAGUUCUUCAGGGAACCCAACUUCUAUCAUAAUGGAUAGAAAUGUUAUAUUUGUGAGAAGAUGUUCUGCUCUAGCCUAGAACCAAAUUAGCCAGAGAGAAAUUGUACUGGAGAAUAUGCCAUAAGGAAUACAGGAAGGUACUCAACUAUAGAGCAUUCUGUUUCCUAUCAGAAUUCUGGAGAGAAACCUCAGAAAUGUAAUGAUACUGGAAAGGAUCUUGGUGAGAAAAGAAACCUUAAAUUUGAGAGAAUCCCUCCUAAAAAGAAAUGGCAAAGUAAGAUACUCAACCCCUCAGUAAAAUGUCAUACUUUACUUUAUUGUAUUUGUGUGUUUAAAAUAAGCUAGUGUUUUAGAAACUGUUUUGUUUUGUUUUGUCUUUGCAGCCUUGUGAGCAAUACCAUAUAUAUUUUUUUACUGGCUUGUUAAAAUAGCCAUAAACUUUCCUAAAAUUCCCGGAUUGCAUUUGCAUCAGCUCACAGUUCACAUAGUCUUACCAUUUGUAAUGCUUUGUUUGCUAAUUUUUGUCCUCUUCCCAACUGAUGUGAUUUUUCAUUCAUCUCUGAGGGAACCCUCCUCUGUAACGGAGUAUAGUUUGUUGAGAAUAAAAUUCUGAGAGACAGA